AGAGAUGCAAAGAUGCUUAAUCGGUGAAAAAGAAUAAUACUCUCAUAUCCCGGUUGAUUGGAAUAACGUUCGUGUGAAGUUUGAUUUCCAUAUGUAAAUUAAUGUAUGUUUGAUAGCUAUUUUAUUAAAACGCGAAAAGUUUGUCUGGCGACUUUUGAUAUGAACUGAAGAACUAUUUGAGUGGCACAAAAUAUACAACCAUCUCGUAAAAUAAUCGCAAAGCUAUUUCAUACGAGUCGCCACAUCCACUUCUAUUAAUGACGACAACAUCGAAAAAUUAAAGAAACAGUGCUUGAAAUGCAUCAUCUCAACAUCUCUUAUGGUGGGGUUGUGCGCAUAUUUGACGUGGUGCAAAUAAGUUAUAUAAGGACUUAUGAUAUUGUAGAAGAUUAUGGCAAGUUUUAAUUGUUCGAGAAUUAUAGCAAGUAAAAUAAUGCGAAACCUUUUAACGGCUAUUUUGAUUUUGUUAUAUACACAACGAAGUAGUGCUAAUCAAAAUCCCUUUCGUGAUCCAAGUAUUUGUGGAAAACCACAGUGUGAAACGCCAUUCAGAAAAUUUAAUUUUCAUGACAAUUUAUAUAAAUACGAAUAUAACGUAGACUUAAAUACAGAAUUUUCCGGUACUGGCAAUAAUGCGUCCAGCCUUUUCCUAAAAGCAAGCGUUAUCAUAUAUUUUCCAAAGCCUUGUGAUGGAUUUUUACAAAUCACGGAUGUUAAACUUUGGGAUCAUGAGUGUAAAUCAAAGGAUGACGAAUUCAGUAAUAAUGCAAAUAGCGGAAACGAAAACUUCAAUGAAGAUGAUUAUUACGGGGAAUUUACAGAUUCAAGAGGUUAUACUGAACCCAAUGAUAAUUUUAUUAAUAUGCAUCCAAAAAGUAUUGAGCUGGCAAAAGAUUUAAAACAACAUUUGUUACGUUUCUCUUUUAACGAUGGGCUUAUUUCGGAAAUAUGCCCAAACUUCCAAGAAUCCGUUUGGGCUUUAAACUUGAAAAAAGGCAUACUCUCCAUUUUUCAAAAUACAAUGCUGCGGUUUGAUGUCGAUUUCAAUACAACAGAAGUCGAUACAUCCGGAGAGUGCAAUGUGCAGUAUACAUUAAAAGAUGUGAAUAAUGCUUUUAUAAAGAUUCGAAAGACAAAAAAUAUGCAAACAUGUCAGAAGCGCUACUCAACUAAUUCUAUACUGCAGUCUACUCCAUACAGAUUUCGUGAUGACAAAGCUUUAUGGCCAAUAAUUGACUCUAUAAGCUACUGUGAUAUGGUAAUCAACAAUAAUGUGUAUGAUGAAAUCAUUUGUCAUGAACAGCAUCAACUUAUUGUUUUUUCAAACAAUCACACCGGUGCUAUCACCAGAGUUAAAUCUCGGCUUAUACUGCAAGGAGAAGAAAAUUACAACCAAGCAGAUUUCUUAAAUGAGCAUGAUAACAUUGUGGAACGACGUUCAACACUGCUGUUUGACCACACCCCUUCUACAAAGCCAACCCGUACUGAAAUUAAAUUAGCACGGGAUCUGCUAAAGGAAAUGUGUGUUAAUGGAUUUCCAUAUAUUAAACGAGAAUUUUUAAGUGUCUUCACGAAUUUCUUGCAUACAAUUAAGCAACUUGACUAUGAAGCUUUGACACAGCUUCUUGGACGUUCAACAAGUAUUUGUGAGAAAGGAAAGUAAGUAAUUUAAAAUCUUAGGAACAUUAGGGUGUCCUUUAUUUUGAAAAUGAAUGAUUUUUCUGUAAACUCCUCUUAGAGUUUCAGUUUAUUAACAAAAUA